UUUGACCUGCGUACUAGGAUGUUGUCGCUGGGCACGUUUUGAUUCCUGCUGAUCACAAGCAUGUCUUCCAGCAAGAAGAAGAGCAGGGGGAAAGCUGGCUCAGUGGCCUCCUCUCCGGGCCCGGAACCCUCGGCUCAUAACAGCCAGCCAUCGCUGUUUACAGUUACCGACUUCUUAGAGAAAGUAGAGGACAAGGUACCGAAGUGUUACAGAUGCUCAUUUGUACAGCUUGGACUGACCAGUAUGAAAUUGGCAGAUCUCUGUAUUGGACGUCCAGUUCUGCUAACAAGCACAGAUGGGAGGCAAGAGGUGUGUACUGCUUGGCCUGUAAGUGGUUUUGGUUCGGGGAAAGUAGGAAUUGGACCAGCAGCACAGAAGAACCUCAAGGUGAAGCCUGGUGAUUCAGUUCAUGUUGAACCUGUGAAUGGACCUGUGUUACAAGCAGAAGAGAUGGAAGUCACCUUAAGGGAAAGGGAUGCUGAUUCUGUCAAUGUGGAAGAACUGUCUUCGUUUCUGCUAAGAUUCAUGGAUAGGAAGAUUGUUUUACCUGGAAAUCUUAUAAACUUCAGUUUCUUUGGUCGACCUUGUUCAUUGCAAGUGACAAGCAUUACAGGACCUAAUGGGGUGGUGCAGGAACCUUUUUCCAGCAGCACACAUGAAACAACUCUGGAAAAGACCACUGUGGACAGCAGUAGUUUGGACUUGUCUUUACAGCUCAGCUUACUUGACAUUGGAGACUGUCAGGGUGAAGCUGUCACCAGUACUCCAUGUAAGCUUAGUGAUAAUCAAGCAUCAUCUCCUUCUAUAAAUGAAGAGCUGCAUCCAGAGGCCUCUCAAAGUCCAGUAAUCUCUGGUAUUGGAGACAACAGUCAAAAAACAUCAUGCAGAAAACCUGGAAUUAAAUGCAACACAGAUGUUUUAUACUACUUAUCUCCACAAACUAAAAUCAGAUGCAAAAGUCCAAAGUUGACUUCCCAUUUGGAAGAUGAUAUUAAAAAUAAGGUGACUUAUGAUAUUAUUGGUGGCUUAGACACCCAAUUGAAAGAGAUCCGGGAAACAAUAGAAUUGCCACUGAAACAGGCCGAACUUUUUAAGACUUAUGGAAUUUCUCCUCCACGUGGGGUUCUACUUUUUGGGCCUCCAGGAACAGGAAAGACAUUAAUAGCUAGAGCAAUUGCUAAUGAAGUUGGAGCUUAUGUUUCAGUUAUCAAUGGUCCAGAAAUAAUGAGCAAGUAUUAUGGAGAGUCAGAAGCCAAGCUGCGGCAGAUAUUUGCUGAGGCAUCACAACGUCAGCCUUCUAUUAUAUUCAUCGAUGAGCUGGAUGCCCUAUGCCCAAAAAGAGAAGGGGCACAGAAUGAAGUAGAGAAAAGGGUUGUGGCUUCAUUGCUUACACUGAUGGAUGGGAUUGGCUCGGAAGAAAGCCAAGGACGGCUUUUGGUUCUUGGUGCAACUAAUCGUCCUCAUUCCUUGGACCCUGCAUUACGCAGGCCGGGGCGGUUUGACAAAGAGAUAGAAAUUGGAGUUCCUAAUUCUCAGGGACGUCUAGACAUCCUCAGGCGCAUACUUCUUAAAGUACCACAUCAGCUUGCAGUGGAUGAAGUUGCACAGCUGGCAGACAGUGCCCAUGGCUACGUGGGGGCAGAUUUAGCAGCUCUGUGCAAGGAGGCGGGCUUGAAUGCUUUGCGGAGAAAAUUGGGAGAACUGAAUAGUCCGUCAGACACUGAAGUGGCUGGCUUGGUGUUAAUAACUCUGAACGAUUUCAUGCAAGCGAUGAGUGAUGUCAGGCCCAGUGCAAUGAGAGAGGUUGCAGUUGAUGUGCCAAAGGUAUCAUGGUCGGACAUUGGAGGGCUAGAAAAUGUUAAACUUAAGCUAAAGCAAGCAGUAGAGUGGCCUCUAAAGCACCCUGAAUCUUUUAUUCGCAUGGGUAUAGAGCCACCAAAAGGCGUCCUUCUCUAUGGUCCUCCAGGCUGCUCCAAAACCAUGAUUGCAAAAGCGAUAGCGAAUGAAAGUGGCUUGAAUUUCUUGACAGUAAAGGGGCCAGAGCUCAUGAAUAAAUAUGUUGGUGAAUCUGAAAGGGCAGUACGGGAGAUAUUCAGGAAAGCAAGAGCUGUCUCGCCAGCAGUUCUUUUCUUUGAUGAAAUUGAUGCUUUGGCUGUUGAAAGAGGAAGUUCAGGGUCUGGGAAUGUAGCUGACCGUGUUCUAGCACAGUUGUUGACAGAAAUGGAUGGAAUAGAACAACUAAAAGAUGUGGUGAUAUUAGCAGCUACAAAUCGACCUGACUUAAUAGACAAGGCACUGAUGCGUCCAGGACGUAUUGACAGAAUCAUUUAUGUGCCGUUGCCUGAUGCCGCCACUCGAAGGGAAAUUUUAACACUUCGGUUCCAAAGCAUGCCUAUAGACAUUGAGAUCAGCCUAGAGGAGCUGGUGAUGCGUACACAGCAGUAUUCUGGAGCUGAGAUCACCGCUGUUUGUCGAGAAGCAGCACUGCUGGCUCUACAGGAGGACAUUCAUGCCCAAUACAUUAUGGGAAGACAUUUUGAGCAAGCUUUAACUAUUGUCACCCCAAGAAUUCCAGACUCACUUAUUAAGUUUUAUGAGACCUACCAGCAAAAGAGUGGACUUCAUAAUUUAUGAGAUCCGUUUCCAUUAGAGGAAACCAAACUUCUGAUUAAAUAACAUUAUAAUAAAAAUAUCAAAGUGUCUAUUUCCUUGCGUUGGUGAAAAUAUGUGCAUA